AUGUCAUGGGAGAGUAUUGCAAACAAAGAUCUCCUUAGCAUACCCCACAGUCAUAAUCUUUCAGCCACCCAAUUACUAGCAUCACCUGAUGGUUCGCGUUACCUGUUAAAUAAUACUAAUGAAUUUUGUCAAUUGGAUGAAAGUUACUCACGCCUGGCUGGAUGUGGUUCCAGUCCCGAUGGUACCUCACUAUGGGCGCGACACGGUUACACUCGUUCGAAUAAUUCUGUCAUUAAUUGUUUUUUAGCCUGUCAACGUAAUUUAAAACAAUUUAUGGCACGACGAAAGAUCGAACGAGGUCUUAAACUGUACGAACAACACAAUCAAAAUGCCGCAGUGCGAACGUGGCGUAGUGCUUUAAAAUCUACCAGUCGUCGUGAAGACUGUUUUCAACUGCUGGGUUAUUUAUAUCAAGCACAUAUGGAUUGGGGAAAAUAUCGCGAAGCUAUAGAAUUCGGUCAUCAACAACUUGGUAUAUCAGAGGAACUUGAUUCUCCCACCAUGCGAGCCGAGACCUACCUAAAUUUGGCACGGGCUCACGAGAGAUUAGGUGGCUUGGAAAGAGCCUUAAGUUAUGCCAGACACUCGUUAUAUAAUGAAUGCGGUACACAAUGUCGUACUGGUGGUUUGGUUCAUUUGACGGUGGCGCGCGUGUAUUUGGAAAUGGGUGGAUUCUCAAGAGCAUUUGAGGGUUUGCAAGGUGCUUAUAAAAUCGCCACUGCUAUAUGCGAUGCAUCACUCGAACUGCAAGUUUAUGUUGCUCUGUCUGAACUCUAUGGCCGCCUCCAAGACAAUGAAAAGAGUGCCUCGUAUGCUUCUAAAGCUUAUGAUUUAUCACGUUCCUUGCAACUAGGCGAUCUUAAUUCUUCCCAUCAUCGAGCCGCUCUUUUGCGAAUGGCUGUCGCAUUGCGAAAACAGGGCGACUUUGGCGAUGCCCACGAUUAUUGUAUGGAAGCAACACGUCUAUCAAUGAUAUCUGGUGAUCAAGCAACGUACAUGCGAAGUAUACGCAUAAUGGGUGAUAUUUAUCGCAAGAAAAUGGACUUUGAUAGAGCUUUGCGACAGUAUGAACAAGCCAUGGGUAGCUCAGCAUCUUUAGGAGAUCGGAUGGCACAAAUGGAGGCAAUGGAUGGGGCAGCACGAUGCUUGGAAGCUUUACGACUACAGCAAAAAAUUUGCAAUUGUCGUCCACUGGAAUUCAAUACUCGCCUACUAGAAGUAGCUAGUUCAAUAGGUGCUAAGUUAUUAGUGCGAAAAAUUCGGAGACGUUUGGCGUUAAUAUAUAGAGCGCUAGGCGAUGAAGACCAAUACAAUACACACAUACGUCUGGCCAAUCAAACGGAUUCAGCGCUGGGCUUGAAUUGUGGAGCAUGUGGUGAAGUAUUUGGUCUAGAGCCGGAUUCUCUAGAAGCACUGCCGUGUGCACACAUUUUACAUGCCAGAUGUGCUCAAGAAUUAAUGCGUCGCAAAGAUAAGGGGGCACCACGAGCGUGCCCGGCAUGUAACAAGGUUCUAAGUUCCCGCUUGCACUUGUGUAGCACCAAUAUUGAUGGCAGCAAUAAUUCCAGCACCACUCUAAAUCCAAAUAGUUUGGCCAGGGACAGUAUUCUCGCCACCAUGGACUCUCACAACGAAUUAUUCACAUUGCCGAGAAUGAGUAACACAAAUUCAUCCAGUGCUCAAGUAACUCUGAUUAACAACCCAUCGGCUAGUAUUGUUAAAACAUGCUACAGUGAGAACGCAAAUAUCUACGAUGGCUUAAAACAGCAGCAGCAACAACACAGCAACGCUGAGAGCACCUCCCUAUUAAUAGCUAACAAUUCAAACUCUCCUAGACCUGUAUAUCGCAGCAAUUUAUCUCUGGCAUCUUUAAGUUUAAGGGCUUCAAAUCUUACUAUCGAUAGUGGUCGUAAUGCCACUUCGUCCGUUUAGUAAAGUGUAAAUCUAAAUCAUCUAAAAAAAAAUAUUCAAACUAACACUC